GUGUGGUGUCGGUGUUGGUGUACACGUGAGUCGGUGUUGGUGUACACGUGAGUCUGUGUUGGUGUACACGUGAGUCUGUGUUGGUGUACACGUGUGUGAGUUUGUGUUGGUGUUCACGUGAGUCUCUGUGGUGUCUACGUGUGUGUGGUGUACACGUGUGUGCAAUUGUGUACACGCUUGUGUGUGUAUAUUUGUCUCCGUGUUGAGAACAAGCCGGCGUUCUUCGACGACAUGAACCGGGCAGCGGUGAUUUUGCAGCACCUGGCGCCGCGGGGCGGUGGUGCCACCCCUCGCUCCGUUUCGUCAGCUGGCGCAAGAGUGGUCCCUUUUGUGCCGCAGACGGACGAUGACAUUGUGGUGGUGCACGGCGUGCGCACGCCCUUUGGCAGAGCAAAGCGCGGGGUCUUUAAGGACACAAUGGUUGAUGAGCUUCUGAUAGCCGUUAUGACAGGCCUGCUCAAGGCCACCAAACUCCAGCCAAGCCAACUCGGGGACAUCUGUGUGGGGAACGUGCUGCAGCCGGGAGCAGGUGCCGUCAUUGCCAGGAUUGCGCAGUUUCUCAGCGGUAUUCCGGAGACCGUCCCCGUUUACUGUGUGAACAGGCAGUGCUCGUCUGGACUGCAAGCCUUCAUUAACAUCGCCGGUGGAAUACGCAAUGGAUCCUAUGACAUUGGCAUGGCGUGCGGCGUGGAGCUCAUGUCUCGCGGUUCGCCUGGGGACCCAAAGAAUGUCGGGGACGUGAGCUCGCGAAUGAUGGACGAUGACAAGGCGCGGGACUGCCUCAUCCCCAUGGGGGUAACAUCUGAGAACGUGGCAGAGCGGUACGGCAUCACCAGGGAGGUGCAGGACGCCCUGGCUGUCGCCUCGCACCAAAAGGCGGCACGAGCCACCAAGCUGGGCCUAUUCCAGGAGGAGAUCGUGCCCGUGACCACAGUGGUGCUCUUGGGCGACGAGGAGAAAACCAUCACCGUUACCCAGGAUGAGGGCAUCCGCCCGGACACCAGCAUGGAGGGCCUGGCGCGGCUGCGGCCGGUCUUCAAGGAGAAUGGCACCACCACCGCAGGAAACUCAAGUCAGGUGAGCGAUGGCGCCGCAGCGGUGCUGGUGGCACGGCGGAGAGCAGCACGGGAGCUGGGGCUGCCUGUGCUGGGGGUGCUGCGGAGCUACGCCGUGGUGGGGGUGCCACCCGACGUCAUGGGCAUCGGCCCCGCGCUCGCCAUCCCGGCCGCCCUGAGCCAGGCUGGUUUGACAAUCGAUGACGUUGAUGUGUUUGAAAUCAAUGAAGCCUUCGCCAGUCAGGCGGCGUACUGUGUGAAGCGCCUGGGCAUCCCCGCUGAGAAGCUGAACCCCAAUGGAGGUGCCAUCGCUCUGGGCCACCCAUUGGGCUGCACGGGCACGCGGCAGAUCAUCACCCUCCUGCACGAGCUGAGACGCCGUGGCCGCAGGGCAUAUGGCGUAGUCUCAAUGUGCAUUGGAACUGGCAUGGGAGCUGCUGCAGUGUUUGAGUUUCCAGGAAACUGAGGGAAACUGAGCACAUAACACACGUGAUUUCCACUUUUGGAAUACUCUAAUCAUUAACUUUAUAUCUCUAUACUAUACUAGAUUGCCUUAAGUUUAACACAAAAAAUAUGAAAUUCUCCUUGAUUGUACAUCUCAUUUAAUCAUGAAGUUUCAUUGAAAAAAAUAUGAUUUAAAUUUUCUCAUGUAUGUACACCUUCCCAAAGUUCGAUUUAAAAUACUGUAUUGAAAGAUCUAUAAACAUUUAAAAAACGUUUCAUUUGUUUUGUUUAUUGCAGCAAUAGUAUUACACUCACCAUAUUCAAAAUCCUUAAAACAAUAUAUAUAUAACAUUUGGACACAGGUUGGUGCAGUGCAAUUAUUGUAGCUGGACUGAUGUUUCUUUAUCAAGGAAAAAAAAAGCAGAGGUUGGCAGAAUUAAAAUAAGAGUGAAGGUCUUCAAGUGUCCAAGGUGAAAUGGCAGGGUUUGAGCAGGAACGCUGGUCUCAGCUGUCGAUGGCAAUGACAUUGUCGUAGACUCGCACGACAUCGGGCAAACUCUCCAUGAGGUGCACGAGGUGUGCUGCCACAUCCAUCUCCUCGCUCUUCAACUCCACAGUCCGCACCGGUAUGAACUCCAGCGCCGAGGAGAGCGGAGUAAAGCCAAGGGACAUCAGGCGUUCACGUACCUCGCGCAGUGACUGCACUGCGCAUACGAACUGAGUCCCACAAGCACAGUAUAAAUGCGCAUCGUUGGCAAAAACAAUGCUGAGAUUUUGACAUGUCUGUGCUGCUAAUUAUGCAAAAGCAACAGAAGAUUUAUACUGUUUUGCUCUGGGCGUUUUGAGUACUAACCCAUUGGCAUAUAAACAAUAUAUAUAAAAGGGAAA